AUCUCCCCGCCCACAAACCCAAGGACGUUUUACUCUCUGAACUGUUUCAACAACACGACUGUGACAAUACACCUUUCAAAUAUUUACCAAGGCCUCAUAAUACUAAAUCCACGAGGAAACUAUACGGAUGCGUGAAGGUGUGUCUCCUUUCGCAACCGGAAGCGCUGCGGUGUGUGUGAAGUGAACACGUCGUCAGUCCAGAUGAGCUCACGGAUGAAGCAGGCCGGGAAGUUCGCGCUCACAAACACUCGGGAUUUGUCCGGAUCCUGCAUGUUGAUGGUUUAAUUCCUGUCCGAAAGCUUCAUCGAUACAUGUUCGGCGCGGGAGCCCGAUUGGAGAAGUUUUAAGGCGCUUCUGCUGGUGGAAAAUGCCUCUGUUUACAUGGAGUUUAUGUUGGUGUGCGGCGCUGUGUGUUCUGCCGUCGGUGUUUGCGGACGCUGAAGACGCUUCGCUGCUGGGCGGCUGGCAGGACGUGUGGCUCUUCCGCUUGUUCCUCAAUGUUUUGGGCUACGCCACCAUCAUCAUCCCUGGAUAUUUUCUUAUCAGCUACUUCAAACGAAUCAACUAUCUUGAAACAGGUCGAGGGCUCUGUUUUCCUCUCAUAAAGACGUGUGUGUUUGGGAAUGAAGCUAAGACUGCACUGCUGGAUGAUGUUUCACCGGCGGUCAGAAACGAGUCUGAAUCCAGUUCAUCUGCUCGACAGGCCGUCAAACUCCUCUUCUGCGCUGCUGGACUCCAGGCGUCGUACCUGACGUGGGGUGUUCUUCAGGAGCGGGUGAUGACGCGCUCGUACGGCGCCGGCGAGGCGGAGGGCAGCGGCGAGCGCUUCAGAGACUCUCAGUUUCUGGUGUUCAUGAACCGGAUCCUGGCGCUGACGGUGUCCGGUCUGUGGUGCGUCCUGUUCAAACAGCCCCGCCAUGGUGCACCCAUGUACAAAUACUCCUUCGCUUCUCUCUCCAACAUCCUCAGCAGCUGGUGCCAGUAUGAAGCGCUCAAAUACAUCAGCUUUCCCACACAGGUUCUGGCCAAGGCCUCUAAGGUGAUCCCCGUGAUGCUGAUGGGUAAGAUCGUGUCACACAAGAGCUACGAGUACUGGGAGUACUUCACCGCCGUCCUGAUCUCGCUGGGCGUCAGUAUGUUCCUGCUCUCCAGCUCCACGGACAAACACCCGUCCACCGUCACCACCUUCUCCGGCGUGGUCAUCCUCGGAGGAUACAUCGUCUUCGACAGCUUCACCUCCAACUGGCAGGACAACCUGUUUAAGUACAAGAUGUCGUCGGUGCAGAUGAUGUUCGGCGUCAAUCUGUUCUCGUGUCUGUUGACGGUGGGCUCUCUGCUGGAACAGGGCGCCUUCUUCGACUCGUUGGGCUUCAUGACGCGUCACUCGGAGUUUGCGAUGCACGCCGUGCUGCUGUCGGUGUGCUCCGCCUGCGGGCAGCUCUUCAUCUUCUACACCAUCUCUCAGUUCGGCGCGGCCGUCUUCACCAUCAUCAUGACCCUGCGGCAGGCCAUCGCCAUCCUCCUGUCCUGCUUCCUCUACGGUCACGCCGUCACCCUGGUGGGCGGCUUCGGUGUGGGUGUGGUGUUCCUCGCCCUCUUCCUGCGCAUCUACGCCCGCAGCCGCGUGAAGAAGAGCAGCAAGCGUCCCGCGCAGACACCCGUUCAGAAGGUUUAACCGAACGCUCGUUCGGAUGUGUACAGAAGCCACAUUUUCGUGGCUUGUUCGUCUUUUUUUCUGUUUGAAGCAAAACUGGAGGUUUGUAUUCCGUACGGUACAGAAAGGGAUUAUUCUUUAUCAUGAAGGGUUAGUUAGUUCACUCAGAAAUAACAAUUCUGUCCUGUCUCACCCUCUUUUUUUUUCUCAUAAGACCUUCGUUCACCUUCAUCUUGAUGAAAUCCGAGAGCUCUCUGACUUUGCAUAGACAGCAACCGAACUGUAAUCUUCCAAGGUCCAGAAACUCAGCAAGGAAAUGCAAACUCUUGCUUCGUAAGAUUAAAGUUGAGCCACUGAUGUCACGUGCACUAUUUUACUGAUGUGACCUGGGAACAUUAGAGUUGUGUUGCUGUCUAUACAGAGUCAGAGAGCUCUCGGAUUUCAUCAUAAAUAUCUUAAACUGUGUUCUGAAGAUGAGCGAAGGUCUUAUGGGUUGAGAAUGACAUGAGGGUGAGUUAUUAAUGAUUUCAUUUUAAUUUGGGGGUGAUUUAUCCAUUUAAAGGGAUUUGUCCGCACAUUGUGAUGUUCAUUUAGAUUUUUUCGUGCGUGUUUGAGAGAAAUGAGUUUGACGAGCCAUCGAGUGAACACAGACUGUGAUAGCCUUUGAUAUCUUUGUAAUUUGGUACUGAAAAAAUAUGUUACGUUUUUUUUUUAAAGUCUGCUUUAAAAAGUUAUUGGAGAGGAAAAUGAAAUGUUGUUGAGCUGGAGAAGCAUUAGGAGCGCUUGCAUCAGAUCUGGGUCAUAUUUCACUCCGAAAUACAAAGGAAAAUAUGAAAUUAAUAAGAAAACACAAUGUGGCCUUUUUUUUAAGAACCAUUACAUUUUUGAAAAUGACAUUAUUUUCAUCACAUUUGAACACUUUUUUUGUUUGUUUGUUCUUUUGCUCUUUAUUUUUAAAUGUUUUAUUACUAUAAUACAACAAUAAGAUCUAAAAUUAAUAAUAAAACAUAUAAUACAUAAAAAAUGAUAUAUAUUAAAAAGCAUAAAGGCAUUAUUUAUGGCAUAAUAACAUAUGCUUUCUCGCUUUGUAGGUAUCAUUUUAAAUAUUUUAUUAUUAUUAAAAUACAAUAAUAAAAUAUUAAAUAAAAAUAAAAUGACGUUAUAUUCGUGAUAUCUAAGCAUAUUUUCUGCCCUAAUAAUAAUAAUAAUCAUUAUUAUUAAUAUUAUAGUUAUUGGAUUUUUAUAUUUUAUUAUAGUUAUUGCAAUACAAUAAUAUAAUACUAAAAUAAUAAUAAAACAAAAAAAUUAAGACAAUGUAAUCUUGGAGAACAUUACAUUUGUAUUAUUUCAAUGAAAACUAAGAAUAUUUGAUAACAUGCAACAUAUUACAGUACAAUAAUUAAAAAUAAAACAUUUUAGGAAGUACUGACAUUUUUUUGCAUUGACAAUUUUUUUUUCUUCUGAAAAUAAGCACAUUUCUAAUCUCUUAUACCCUUUAUUAUUAUUUUUUAUUUUUAUUUUAUAGGAGUACAGCUUUAUUUAUUGCAUUACCAUUAAUAGACACACUUUUAACACAAUAGUUUUUGAUUUUGUGUGAAAUGUGACCUAGACUUCUUGACUUGGUUUUUGUCAUAAACUGAGAUCACAAACCCAGUCCUAAAACUGAAGGUCCUCUUUGUGUUUUUAUGAUCCCUGUUCUCUCUCACAGGGUUUCUGUGUGUGGUUGUGUAUCUGCCAUAUCAAACCAGAAACCCUCAGUGCCUGUUUGCUUCAUCUGAGGAAACAUGUGUGAGCGUUAAUAGUGACAAACUGAUCCCACGGUUUUAUUAAAACACUGGAUUCACCUCAGUCCUCCUGUCAUAAAGAAAUACUUGGGUCAAAGAAAAAUGAUAUGUAUGUUGCAUAAAGAAUUUUCAUCAUUUUCUUUAAAAAUUGUUACUUACAAUUGCAAAUCUAAUUAACAAUCCUAAUGAUAUAGAUUUAAUUUUUUGCACUGCAGUGAAAAAAAAAGGCUUUGACUUUAAAAUAUAGUUAAAGGCAAAUUAAAAGUCUCUCCCUCAUGUCAUUCCAAACCUGCAUUGCUUUCUUUAAAAGAGUGCAGAAUAUUCAUGCAUAUUUUUUUUAAAUAGUGUUUUUCUUUUCACCUUUUGGAGCUUGACCUCAUGACGUGCUUUCACUGUAUUUGUUUCUGUUUUUGAUUUGCAUGUGCAAUAAUGUGCCUUCUGUUAUAGUUUUGAGCAUAGAUUGGAUUUCUGGAUCAGUGUUUUAUGGUGUUAAAAGCGUCAGGAUGGGGUGAUGUCAUUCAUACGGCUCAGUUAAACAUGAGACGGAGGACUGAAAGUUGGGAGUUUCACGGUCGGACCUCUUUGAGGUAGACGUGCUUGUUUACGUCUCUUUCGUCCAGCAUUUACGUCCUUCCGCAGGUUGCAGAAUUACUUAAAAACUCUAAUCAGGACUAAUGAGUACAUUCACUAGACUGUAGUUUUAUUUAAUUGUUUUUAUUCAGUGUUGGGGAGUUAUAUGAUUAGAGAUUCAUUACCAGAAGAAUCUCGUGAAGACCGAAUCUCAACAAAAACGAAAUAAAAACACAUUAUGCAUAAAAGAAAUGAUGCUUAUUUUAGGCCUUUUACACAUUUUUUUAUGUUUCAUUUUAAUUAAUUCAUUAUUUUUUUAUUCUUUAAGUGACAUUUCCAUGGCAAUUACAUAAGCAAAAAAAUAAAACAUUUAUUAUUAUAAUUAUUAUUGCACUGUGAAAUUUUCAUGUCUGGAUGCGUUUUUUAAUUCAUUUUCAUAAAUGUGCAACAAAAAAAGUUAAUUUAAAUCCGCAAAACUUACAUUAAUUAACAAUUAAUAGUAGUAUCCCACUAAAAAAAAAAAAAAAAAAAAGUCUUUAAUUGCCAUGAAAAUAUUGUCAUAAUUCAAAACUCUUCCUUUAGAGAAAACUUUAUUUUUUUUAUUUUUUUAUUUUUAUUUUUUUUUUUGAGUGAAAUAUGACCUGGGCGUAGUUGAGGGAUCCCCCUCACCAGCAGAAUACACGAGGUUUUGUUUUUCCGCGUGCAAUAUUAAUUUCCUGUAAAAGCCCAUUCAUCUGUGGAGGUCAAAAGGAAUCGGUCACCCUUGUAACGCAGAUAAAGAGUGACGUGUCACAGUGGCGUUUUCAUUUCGUUCUGAGGGAAGGUGAAGGACUAAUAUAGUCAUUAACUUUUUUAGGAUUCAUUGUUUAUACAUAUUGAAUUAAAUGUGUUUGAUCAUGUGAC